AUGGGCCGCUUAAACGAUGGUUUCAACAUCCUUUAUCUCGGCGUGGUAGCCGCAGUAUACUUCAAGCCAGACUAUGCCAUCAAACACUCGAGGACAAUCACUAUUGCCCUCUUUUUCACCAUCAUCACCGUUUCCAAGCUUAUUUACCAAUUCUUUCUUUACCCUCGAUACUUCACACCUCUGAGGCAAAUACCCACGCCAUCGGCCCGGCAUUGGUUGAAAGGAAAUACGGCCUCUGGCUUGGUUGACACUCCCCACGAGCUGAUCAAAGAGUGGGCUACCACGAUUCCUAAUGAUGGAUUGCUGCGAUACUAUAUUGUCGGUCAGAUCGAGCGCCUUGUUUUGACGAAUCCGAAAGCCCUGAGCGAGGUAUUAAAUUCAAAGGUCUAUGACUUCGCCAAACCCACUAUUGCGCAACAAAACCUGCGCCGUGUGGUCGGAGACGGGGUUUUGCUUGCUGAAGGUGACGAACACAAGGCAAGUCAUAUGAUAUUUCAACGAAAGAAUCUCAUGCCCGCGUUCUCUUACCGUCACAUUAAGGAUCUUUACCCCAUCUUCUGGAAUAAGAGCACCGAAAUGGCCAAGUUGAUCCGCCGUGAAGUCAAGUCCAGAGGACCAAAUGAGGACAGCUGCAUCACAGUGCGCACAUACGCUAGCCGCGCCACUCUCGACAUUAUCGGAUUAGCCGGAAUGGGUCACGACUUCGACUCGCUGCAAAAUCCAAACAACCGCCUUUAUAAGUCGUACCAAAAGAUCUUUACAAGCCCCGGCACUUUCACCCGGAUUCUAUUUACGAUUGGCCUCAUACUCGGAGAUAUGAGACUCAUACAUAAACUCCCCACCGCGCGCAACAAGAGUUUUGCUGAAGGUCGCUAUGUCAUCCGUGAGACAGCGCGCCAGAUGCUGCGGGCAAAGCAAGCCGAGGAGGAUGAGAAGAAAGAUACAGGAAUUGAUAUUAUCUCGGUCGCGAUGCGAAGUGGAAAUUUUGAAGAAGAGAAUCUUCUAGACCAGUUGAUGACGUUCUUGGCUGCAGGACACGAAACUACAGCAGGCGCGCUUCAAUGGGCUGUUUAUGCUCUUUGCAAGAAUCCCGAUGUUCAAGAGCGUUUGCGCGAAGAAGUUCGCACCAACCUUCCUUCUAUUAAUGUCGAGAACCCCGAGCCUAUUGACGCCGCCGCUAUCGAUAACCUCCACUACCUGAAUGCUGUCUGCAAUGAAGUUCUUAGAUUCCACCCCUCGGUUCCUAACACUGUUCGUGUGGCGUUGAAGGAUACCUCAUUGGUCGGGCAGCCAAUUCCCAAGGGAACGUGGUUGGUUAUUUCAGCCGAGCUUCUCAACCAUAUGUCUGAGCUAUGGGGACCCGAUGCGGAUAAGUUCAACCCUGAUCGAUGGAUGGGUCCAGGCAAGGCAAAUACGGGCGGUGCUACGAGCAACUAUGCAUUUUUGAGUUUCCUGCAUGGCCCACGUGCUUGCAUUGGCCAGGGGUUCUCUAAAGCUGAACUGGCUUGCCUGCUCGCUGCUCUCGUUGGCAGCUUCAAGUUUGAGCUGAAGUACCCCGACGCUAAACUAGAGCUCAAAGUAGGCGCGACAUGUUCACCGAAGGAUGGUGUCCAGGCUCUGUUUACUCCGUUGGAUGGGUGGUAA